UGCGAAGGCUGAAAUUAUCCUAAUUGCAGGUUGUGUCUCAGGUUGACUCUUCCCCCUGUUUGCAGAUUUAGUUUUUCUGUGACCUCCUCACAGCAGCAGCAGAAGAAGACGUUUCAGGAUGUCUAUAGGGCUGGAGUUGAUUGGCAUCUCCCUGUGCAUUCUGGGAUGGAUUAUUGCCAUUGUGGCGUGUGCCCUCCCCAUGUGGAGGGUGACGGCCUUCAUCGGCAGCAACAUUGUGACGGCGCAGGUCAUCUGGGAGGGCCUGUGGAUGACCUGCGUGGUCCAGAGCACGGGACAGAUGCAGUGUAAGGUCUACGACUCCAUGCUCUCUCUCUCUCAAGACCUGCAGGCCGCCCGCGCCCUCACCGUCAUCUCCAUCCUGUUGGCCAUCCUCGCCGUGCUCAUCGCCAUCGCCGGGGCCAAGUGCACCAACUGCAUUGAGGACGAGGCGUCCAAGGCCAAGGUGAUGAUCAUCUCAGGGGUCUUCUUCAUCGUCUCCGGUGUCAUGCAGCUCAUUCCCCUCUCCUGGUCAGCCAACACCAUCAUCAGAGACUUCUACAACCCGUUGCUCACCGAUGCUCAGCGAAGGGAGCUGGGGGCAGCGCUCUACAUUGGCUGGGCGGCUGCUGCCCUUCUGAUUCUCGGUGGCGGACUCCUCUGCUGCUCCUGUCCUCCACAUGAGACCAGGUACAACCCGUCGAGGAUGGCGUACUCCGCCCCACGGUCCGCUGGAGGCCCCGGGUUAGAGAGGAAAGACUACGUAUGAAUGACAGUCGAAAAGGAAGAGACUUUACUGAAUCUCACGCCAGCUCGAACUGAAGCAGCGCAGAGGAAACAAGGAAACAAGGAGACUCCACGAUGAAGGAUGUGUUCGAAUUCACCUGUAAUGUUUAAUAAUCUGUGCGUGAGGCUCUUUGUUUUUCUGAGGCUGCAAAAGUUUGCAAAGGACAUUUGAGUGGAAUUGUUUUUUUUAGCUUCAAAACUAAAUAAAUAUCCUCAGUGCCUUUUUUAUAUCAACACAAUAAAAAACUACGACAAUUGUACAAUCACCUAUUUUUUUAACAGAGUCCAGGCUCCUUCAUGUUUACGACUGAAUAUUUUUAUAACCAUUACUGCUUCAUGUGUCGCCACCUUCAUUAUAAAGCACUUCUGGGAACUAAAUGGAAGAACUUCACAUGUUAAAUGUUCAUCGACAGGUUCGCAUGUUGUAAAUACUGUGUGAAAAUCAUGAAUAACCUGUAACGACUUGUGGUAACUGUAUUAAGCUUUUUGUGCAGUGUGGUUAAGGGUGGGGGUGGGGG